AUGGAAGCGGAAAUGGAAUUGCCUAAAUGGUAUAGUUAUUAUCAACCUGUUCAUCCAGUUACUGCGGAUUGUACUCUUGAAUGGCCCGAUGAGAAGAAUUGCAAUGAGUUUCCGAUAAUCUGUCCAAUUCACGGUGCCCUAAGCCGCUGGUGUUUAAAAUGUCCGCUCUGUACGUGCCUAAGUCCAGAAGUCAAAUCCAAACAGACCGUGGUGCAAGAAAAAAGUAAAACCAAUCAAAAGUCCAUUAAAUCUAUAGAUGACGCAUUGCGUUGUUUAUGGGGCGGUGAGAAUGUCCCCUGCCUAAUUCAACAAUUGAAUAGUGGUUCAGCUGCCGAUUCAGUGGCAAACAGACGGGUAAUGUUUAAUGGAUCUCAUUUAAGCGUAACACCGAGAGGACCGGUCAUCGUUAACAGUCACUCUUUGAAAGCACUGGAUGAGAAAACAAAAAGAAAACCUGUAUUGGAUAUCUCCAAAUUAAAGCUCGGUUUGGUAUACGCCUACGUACGUGAUCUCGACCUGUUCAGCGAGUGGUGCUCGGCGUUUAAAAGUGAAAUCAGGAAAUUCCCUCCAAAAGAUGUCAAUUUUCAACAACAGUAUAAGGAGAUCACUGUAUAUCGCAAGUAUCAUCGUACUGGUUUGCUUGUGAACAUUUUUCCUGGUGUCAAAUGUUUUGUGACGAAUAUUGACUAUGAACAUUUUGAAAUUCGACCGGAUUUACACUACGGUGAUCAGAUCAUGGAAUUCUGCCACUGUAUUUUGCAGUCUGAAAAUGCCUACCUGAGUCGCAAUCCUCAAGAACACGAUGUGUUCGGUCUGAGGGUACGGGCUUGUCCCUUCUUGCAAUGGCUCACGAUCGCUGUCGGACCCUGUCCAAUUGUCACAGAUUCAACACAUUACCGUGGCAAGCGUAGUGGACAACGAAGUCACCGAGAUUUGGGCUUCUCUUUGCACCACGGUUGUGUAACUGCGGUCGCAGUGAAUUCACCGGCUGCAGAAGCUGGGCUCAAACCAGAUCAUCAUAUUGUGGAAGUCGAUGGACAAUUUGUGGCAUUUCAUAAAGAUGCUGAAACAAUUUGUCUGAUCAGACACGCCAUAAGUGACAGUUGCUCUCGUUCUGUCGUCAUUGCUGUCAUCCCCGAGAGGAUACAUCAAAAACUACGAACAGUUAACAAUCUACACUACGUGUCCACAAAUCGUGGCUUUAACCUUGAUGCAUGGGUGAAAGCAGAGGCGUUCGGAUUUUGGACCGGUUGUGAUCGAAAUGAACAUCAUAGAGAUGGAGCAGCAUACUACGACAAGAAUACUACAAAUAUCGAUCUGCAAAUCUAG